AUGUCUGUGAGUGGCACCCUGAAGCAGUGAAACACAAGUCCUAAACAUACAGCGCUUUGAAGUUUUGUUUAGAAAGCGCCGCAAUGCGUUUUCCAACCCCGAGGCAGGUGAUGUCACUACGCCUUUAAGGAAAUCUGCGCUGCAAAGAGACGGGGAAAAAAAGUUUAGAAAAACAGGGCUGGAACAAAGUUGGGCAAGGCAGCGGCUCAGCACCGAUCUCUAUUCCACUGGAGGAACUUCCACAAGCAGCGAAUUUAACUCCGUGCAGUUUGUUUACUAACUUGGCAUCAAUGUGGACGUACUUGCAUUUGGAUUGAUCUGUUAAUUGCUUAUCGGUGGAGGUUUGUCUCUGAGAGGACAGAUGCGCUAGACCAUGUGGAUUUCCUGGCUGUCAGUACUAUGGAUAGCUGGCACUAUACACACCUGCAAGGGAGGUUUGCUGGCAACCAGAACAGGUGUUCAGUGUCCCAGCUUGCAAGUAGAAGGAUGGAAGUUCUCACGAACCAGUGAACCGCAUAUAAAUACCACAGGAUUUAACAUCGUCAGAAGAUUUUCUCUGUUGAAGACCCCAGAUAUAAAGAAGAUCCGCAACCCUGGAGGGCCGCUGAUCUUACGGCUUGGGAGACUGCCGCUCAUCAAGCCCACUGCCCAGGUGUUCCCCCGCGGCCUGCCUGCUGAGUUCACCCUGGUCACCACGCUGCUGCUGAAGAAGACGACAGUGAAGGAGAACCUGUACGUCUUCCAGAUCUCCGAUGCGCAGGGAUACCCGCAGAUCUCGCUUGGUAUCAAUGGUCCUGAGCGUAGUGUGGAGCUGCGAGCCCGCGGCGCGCACGAGGAAUAUGUGAGUUGUCUGUUCAGUGGCGAUGGCGUGGCCUCCCUCUUUGACCUCAAGUGGCACAAGAUCGCGCUGAGCGUGCACAAGGGCAUGGCAGCAGUGCACGUGGACUGCAGCUCCAUCGAGACCAAGCCAUUGGGCGAGAGGCAGGGGGUGGAGCCUGAGGGACACACCCUGAUUGGGCUACGCGCGGAGGAUGGCACACCCGUGGAAUUUGAUAUUCAGCAGAUCACCAUCUACUGUGACCCUGCCCUGGCCAUUCAGGAGGCGUGCUGUGAGAUCCCCGGGGCAACGUGCCCCCCUAAUGUCUCAAAAAGCCGUCGGGAAGCUGAGGUGAGCCCCAAAUCUAACCUGAUCGAGAUCGUCCCCCAGCCAGAGGGCAAAGUGUACACCCGCUGCUUCUGUCUGGAGGAGAGCGAAAUCAGGAGCCAGGGCCUGCCAGAUAAGUGUGCCGGCUGUGCUCAAGAAAUAAAAGCACAAAAUGAUGAAAAUGCCCAGCACAUUGUGAAGGCUGAGAAGGGGGAUCGUGGGGUACCUGGGAUGCAUGGACUGAAAGGGGAGAAAGGAGACCAGGGCUCUGACUGUGUAGGCACCUCUGAUAGGAGCACGGGCUCUUGUUCUGCAGGACCGAAGGGUGAAAAAGGAGCCAAGGGGGAAGUGGGCCCAAUGGGACUGGGGUCUGCUAGAUCAAAGGGAUCAACGGGUGAUAAAGGGGACAAGGGGGACCCUGGUAAAGAGGGACCAGCAGGACCAUCGGGGAACGACGGUCGUCCAGGAGAGAUCUGUGUUGUCGGCCCCAAAGGUCAGAAGGGUCAGCCGGGGCUGGUUGGACCAGAGGGGUUAGCAGGAGAGUCGGGGCCCCCUGGGCCCCCAGGACCCCCAGGAGUGGGAGAGCCUGGACCUCCGGGGAGUCCAGGGGGUCUGCCAGGGCUGAAAGGAAACAAGGGUGAUCCUGGAGUACCAGGCCGGGAUGGUAACCAUGGAGAUCCUGGACCUCGUGGUCCAGGGGGUUCGAAAGGAGUCAAGGGGGAGCCGUGUGAGGUGUGCCCCAGCAUUCCCAAAGGGUUCCAGGACAUGAUCACUCUGCAGGGGAAGAGUGGGUCCAAAGGGGAACCUGGAGCUCCAGGGAGAGGAGAGCCUGGUUUACCGGGACCGGCUGGCCUUAGUGGAGGAAAGGGUGAUAAGGGGGAUUCAGGAACAGCAGGUCUUAAAGGCGAAAAGGGAGAUGCCUGCGAGGUGUGUCCCACCAUCGACGUGCUACCUGCCAAUCUGCUGUCGUUAGGGAAACCAGGACCCAAAGGAGAGAAGGGAGAGGCGGGGCAGGGAGAGAGAGGACUGCCGGGCGAACCAGGAGCUAUCGGUCUGUCAGGACAGAGAGGGGAGAAGGGAAGCGCAGGGGAGAAGGGAAGAGACGGGAAAGAGGGCAAGUCCGGACAGCGAGGGUUACCUGGCCUUGAGGGUCUUAAAGGAGAAAAGGGCAACACUGGGGACCAAGGACUUCAAGGCUGGACGGGAUUAAAGGGUGAAAAGGGAGAGGGGUGUGGUCUGUGCCCCACUCUUCCCGCGGAGGUGGGCGGCGCUCAGACGGUAAUCAAGCUGCCAGGACUCCCAGGAGAGAGGGGGGACCAGGGGGUGCCAGGCGUGGGUGAGCCGGGCAAACCGGGUAAACCUGGUACUCCUGGGUUAAAGGGAGACAAGGGUGAGCAGGGUUUCCAAGGAGACCCAGGGACGCCGGGACAGACAGGCAUGCCAGGCCUGUCUGGCGAGCCAGGGACACAGGGCUUCCUCGGGCCGAAGGGGGAGAAGGGAGAUGCCUGUGAGAUGUGCCCUUCCCUUCCUGAAGGAUUGACGGACACGAUCGGGAUCCCGGGAAAGAAGGGAGAGAGAGGGGAGCCGGGACCCCCAGGAGAGGGCAUUCCUGGCAAACACGGCAAGCCAGGACUUCCUGGCGUUCAGGGCCCGGCCGGACCAAAGGGCAGUCAGGGCAAGCCAGGGUCUCCUGGAGUUGGAUUGCUUGGACCAACGGGAGACACUGGAGAAAGAGGGCUUCCUGGAAUACCAGGGCUCCAGGGUGUAGCUGGCGUGCCAGGGCCUCAGGGAUCAAAGGGAGAGAAGGGGUUUGAGGGGCCACAAGGACCACCGGGCCCUCAGGGGCCUACAGGAGUUGGAGUCGCUGGUCCCCCGGGCAAAGCAGGGAUCCCUGGAGAGCAUGGUGUUCCAGGAGGCGACGGCACACCUGUAAGUGUUCUCUCUUUCUAUUGGCUAUCCACGCGCUAA